GUGGCACGCGAGUUCCGGCCGGCUGUCCCUCAGGAAGAGGCGCCUCAGGAUGGCGACGCUGGCUGGCGAGGGGCGGGAGGCGUGGGAGCGGCUGGGCCUCUGGGAGCGCCUCCCUCGGCCCCUGGCGCCCCUCAGCGAGCGGCAGCUGGACUCCGUGGCGGCGCUGCGCGAAGCCUUGCCCGGCCUGCCCGCCCCGCCGGAGCUUCCCAUUGAAGAUUUAAGCAGCCUUGGGCAGCCAUCAUUAACUGUAACAUUGACAGCCAUGGUGCCACAAUCUACAGAGGAUAUAAUCUUGAAAGGAUUUUCUGUUUUGGGCAUGGAAAAUGAAAGAAUUGAAACUGCACAACAGUUCUUCUCGUGGUUUGAUCAGCUUGGUACCCAAAUGGAUCAAGAUGAAGGGGCUAAGUACAGGCAGACAAGGCUUUAUUUAUCUGGUUUUGAAGAGCAGUGUGAUGCUAUAUUAAGUGAUGUGAACAGUGCCCUUCAGCAUUUGGAAUCAUUACAGAAGCAAUAUCUCUUUGUCUCAACCAAAACAGGAACACUCCAUGAAGCCUGUGAACAAUUGUUGAAAGAACAGUCAGAGCUUGUUGAACUGACAGAAAACAUUCACCAGAAAUUGUCAUAUUUCAAUGAACUGGAAAAUAUUAAUACAAAAGUGAACUCCCCAACAUUGUCUGUAAACAGUGAUGGUUUCAUCCCUAUGCUUGCUAAACUUGAUGACUGUAUUGCAUAUAUUUCAUCACAUCCAGACUUUAAAGACUAUCCUGUAUAUUUGGCAAAGUUUAGACAAUGCCUUUCUAAAGCCAUGCAUCUCAUGAAAACAUACACAGUGCAUACACUGCAGAACUUGACAAGCCAGCUAAUUAAAAGGGAUCCUUCUGUUCCACCAAAUUCAGAUAAUGCCUUCACGUUAUUUUAUGUAAAGUUCAGAGCUGCUGCGCCCAAAGUCAGAACACUUAUUGAGCAAAUAGAACAGCGAUCUGAGAAAAUGCCAGAGUACCAGCAACUGUUAAAUGAAAUCCAUCAAUGUUAUCUUGACCAGAGGGAACAUUUACUGGGUCCUAGUAUUACUAGUACUGUAACAGAAUUAACCAAUCGCAACAACAGAGAUCAUUGUGCUUUGGUACGAAGUGGCUGUGCCUUUAUGGUUCAUGUGUGCCAAGAUGAGCAUCAACUUUAUGAUGAGUUCUUCACAAAACCAACAUCAAAACUUGACGAACUUUUGGAGAAAUUAUGCCUGUCAUUAUAUGAUGUCUUCAGACCAUUGAUUAUCCAUGUAAUUCACUUAGAAACACUGUCUGAGCUCUGUGGGAUUCUAAAAAAUGAAAUGCUUGAAGACCAUGUGCAAAACAAUGUGGAACAGUUGGCUGCUUUUGCUGCUGGAGUUAGGCAGAUGCUGGAGGAUGUCCAAGAGCGCCUAGUGUACAGGACACACAUCUAUAUUCAGACUGACAUUGCUGGUUACAAACCUGCCCCAGGUGAUCUUGCGUAUCCUGCUAAGUUGGAAAUGAUGGAGCAAAUUGCUCAGAGCUUAAAAGAUGAAGAGAAGAAGUUGCCUGCAGAUGCUGUGCAGGUGGAUGAUCCAAAAACCUACAAUGUGGUUAAACUUGACACAUGGGAAUCCAGUAACCCCAGACAUCAGACUACAAUUUCACCUGCUGAUCUCCAUGGAAUGUGGUAUCCUACCGUCAGAAGGACACUUGUGUGUCUCUCCAAGCUUUACAGAUGUAUUGAUAAAGCAGUCUUUCAAGGAUUGUCACAGGAAGCCUUAUCUGCCUGUAUACAGUCAUUGUUAGCAGCUGCAGAGUCCAUCACUAAAAAUAAGACCCAGAUAGAUGGACAGCUUUUCUUAAUAAAACACCUUUUGAUUCUUCGUGAACAAAUUGCUCCAUUCCACACUGAAUUCACCAUUAAGGAGAUUUCUUUGGAUCUUAAGAAGACCAGAGAUGCCGCAUUUAAAAUCCUGAAUCCAAUGACAGUUCCACAUUUUUUUAGACUGAGUAGCAAUAAUGCACUGAUACAGUUUUUACUGGAGGGUACUCCAGAAAUCAGAGAACAUUACAUUGAUUCUAAGAAGGAUGUGGAUCGACACCUCAAGUUCGCCUGUGAGCAAUUCAUUCAGCAGCAAACUAAGCAACUUGUAGAACCUCUGGAGGAAUUCCUUGCAAAGGUAUCUGCUUUGAAGACAGUGGCUACUCAAAAGGGUCCAAAAUACAACCUCUCCCUGCAGCCUUGGGCACAACCAGCAAAGAUCAGCGACUUGGUAUCUUCAACAUACAAGACAAUAAAAACAAAACUCCCAUCAACUUUACAGAGUAUGUCCCUGUAUUUAUCCAAUAAAGACACGGAAUUCAUUUUGUUCAAGCCAGUAAAAAACAAUAUUCAGCAAGUCUUUCAGAAACUGCAUGCUCUUUUGAAUGAAGAAUAUAGUCAGGAAGAUCUCCAGAUCAUUGCUUGCCCUUCGAUGGAACAGGUAAACCUCCUGUUAUCUGUAACAAAGUAGCCUGAUGUCUUUUGAGAGGCCUUUGAACUGUGCAUCUAGCAGUGAGGAAGACAUAGACCAUUGAUUGGAAGUCAACAAGACAAGACUUACUAUGCUGUCUUGCUCCUUUUAACUUAACUGCCAUCACUUGUCCCAGAAGAAGGUGACCAACAAAACUGUUUUUAUUUUAUACUGCAAAGCAGAAGUACUGCUAAAGUUUCAGGACAAACUUCAGCUCUUAUCACCAGUUUCUUUCUUGAGCAGAAAUUCUCACCAGGAAUUACAUCCCAAGUGCUGCUCCAGUCCACAUCUAUUUACACAUACGGUGAAAACAUCUUUGAGGGGAGAAUAUGUUGAUUCCAAAUUGGAGGACCUAUUUUAAAGAAACAGGAAUCCAAGUCUUCUAUUAUGUGUCAGACUUAGACCAGUUUGUAUGCAUAUAAUGUUUUCCACAUUUCAGUAACAUCUGCUGGAAGACAUCUUCACCUAUAUGUGGCAAAUCCUGUGUUGCUGGCAAUGAGUAGUAAAGGCAGAUUAUAUUUCUCAUUUGGGGCCAUUGAGCUGUAAUAUUGGUGCACAUGAGGGCUAAGUCUUGAGCACACUGAAAAAUACGAUGUUGAUUUCAUAUUUAUGAAUCUUUCACAAUUUCUUUAAAGAUUCCACUAUUUGUGACAUUUGAGUAGUCUCUUAUUCUGGAAAUGAACUUGUUGCCAUAAAAAGAACACAGUAUGAGUACAGUACGUACAUGGAACUCAAAGCUAAUUUCAAAUUUUUAACUAAUCUCAAGAGUUGGGGGUCUUUCAGAAUGUUGAUAUUUGUGGGAUGGGAAAUGCAAUCAAACUGCCAAAUUACAACAAGUUCAUUAAAUUGAGAAAACUUAUUAAGUGGAUCAUUCCCCCUCUUUCUCAUGGAUAGGUCAUAACUUGAAGCAUAACUGUCUGCACUGGGAAGCCAUGAUUGACAGUGACUUUUGUGCACACCUCAGUUCAUGCAAGUCAUUACAUGUUCCUGAUAUUUCUCUCCCAAGCUGCCCAUUGUAACCGUUUUGCUGCCAGGAAGCCAGAGGCUUGCCCUGGUGUGCUGAAAGUGGUACCAGGCUUUGAACCUAGGGUCAAAUAACAAAUUUGGAUGUCAGGGACCCUCCUUGAAUGGUGGUCUCAGCUUCUCCCCCCCCCCCCCCCUUUCCUUCCUUCUCCUCCAAGGCCACCUCUUCUGGUUGCAUCCGAGAACCAUAGUGCAAGACUGCAAAGUGGGGUCACUUUCUCCCUCUUGUGAAUUAAAGAAAUCACUUUCAGAGAAUAUACAGCUUUUGGUGGUAUGCCCUUUUAUAAAUACUAGCAGAGUAAUGGCUUUGAACAAAAUAAAUCUGAACUUAUUUUUGGAUGAUGAACAUGUAAAAAUGAACAAAUCUUUGUUAAGAUUUCAUAAGGGAAAAUAACAUGGUAAAACCUAUGCUGAAAUGGUCUCAAUUUCUGAACAGUGGGGAAAGAUGAGGCUGAAAGGGUUAAAAUUUAUGUUACGCUCUAAACAAGAUUUUUUAAUAAAAUGAUGAAUCACUGAUACAUGA